UUUCAUCCUCAUUUAACCCAAAGCAAAGACUGGAAAGUAAAAUCAUCAAACAAUAAAAAACACACACACACACUCUGUCUCUCUCUCUCUUUCUUACUCAGAGUAGAGAGAAGAGUUUGCGCUUCUUUCACUUCAGACUAAAUCAGAACGCGAUACCUUCAUCUCAAAGGAAAAGCCACCAAACCAACCAAAAAAUAAUGAGCACCGAAGAACCUAAGAGAAGCAUCACCGGCGGUUUGAUGGGCAAACCUACAUCAGAUGAUCGGAAAGUCUCUCCGGGUAUAGCUCCCACCGCCAAGAAAAUCAUCAUCAAGAACGCCGACAUGAAAGAUGACAUGCAGAAAGAGGCCGUCGAUAUUGCCAUCGCCGCGUUCGAGAAGCACAAUGUAGAGAAGGAUGUUGCGGAGCACAUAAAGAAGGAGUUCGAUAGGAGGCAUGGGCCCACUUGGCAUUGCAUCGUUGGUCGGAAUUUUGGUUCAUAUGUGACCCAUGAGACAAACCACUUUGUUUAUUUUUAUCUGGACCAGAAAGCAGUUCUGCUAUUCAAGUCUGGUUGACGAAUGAUGGAAAUCACAAAGAUGGUGUUAAAACAUUGAAGGUUAUGAUGCUAUAUAGUUAGUGCCUGUAUCUAUUAACAAAAUCUACUGGCAUACAAAAACUAGCCAGAGAUUCUUGUGCCCAACUUGUAUAUCUAAACUUUACUCGAAAUGUUUUUGAACUUUGGAUAUGAAAUUGUGGUCUUUACGCCAAUUGUUUUACGUGUUCCCUUUUGCUUCA